CCAUGUGCUUUUGUUGAACAUAUUUCAGUAAAUAUUUUCCCUGUUCCUAAGUUUUGUAACAUCAUGGGUGAUGUCGCCAAGGAAAACUUGCAAGAACAAAUUAAAGUGCAGGGUGAUGUAGUUCGUCAACUGAAAACUGCCAAGGCUCCAAAAGAGAAGAUGAAUUGACAGCUCCGCGUAAUCUCCUUUUAAAACCAAUAACUGUGGGCAUUCAAACAUCUCGUCACAAUGCGACUCAUUAGUUUGACUGCUCGCUUGGCUUCGUUUGGGAUGAGGGUUGGAAGGUUUCAAUCUUCUUGUGCUCAAUAUUCUAAUUCAGCUCUAACGGUUCAUCAGAUUGAUGAAGAAGUUGCAAAGCUAUUGGCUCUGAAAGCCAAAAUCACCACUGAUGAUGCUCCCCAUAAGUUUACCCUUAAAACCCCAAAGGGUACAAGAGACUACAAUCCUCAACAGAUGGCACUGCGUCAGGAAGUCCUGGCUAAGAUUGUUGAUGUCUUUAAACGCCAUGGCGCUGAGACUAUAGAUACUCCCAUUUUUGAACUCAAGGAAGUUCUUACUGGAAAAUAUGGUGAAGAUUCUAAACUAAUUUAUGAUCUGGCAGACCAAGGAGGGGAACUUUUAUCCCUUCGGUAUGACCUCACAGUGCCUUUUGCUCGCUAUCUGGCUAUGAACAAGAUUUCCAACAUUAAGCGAUACACAAUUGCCAAGGUUUAUCGCAGAGACAACCCUGCCAUGACUAAAGGCCGUUUCAGGGAGUUCCUGCAAUGUGAUUUUGAUAUCGCUGGCCAAUAUGAUCCCAUGCUGCCUGACAUUGAAUGUGUCAGGAUUGUAUCUGAGAUUCUCAAUGAUAUGCAGUUGGGGUCAUUCAAAGUAAAAGUGAACCACCGUCAAAUUCUUGAUGGAAUGUUUGAGGCAUGUGGAGUGCCCAAUGAUAAAUUCCGCACAAUUUGCUCAUCUGUGGACAAACUUGACAAGACACCAUGGGAAGAAGUCCGCACUGAAAUGAUUCAUGAAAAGCAGCUUGAUCCGGAAGCGGCUGAUAGGAUCGGUGAAUAUGUGAGGCUUAAUGGAGGAUUGGAAUUAGUAGAACAACUCCUGGCAGAUCCUAAGCUUAAGACUUCCAAGGCUGCACAGGCAGGACUUGAGUCCAUGAAGCUCUUCUUGAACUAUGCAAAGCUUUACAAGGUGGACAACAUCACUUCAUUUGAUUUAAGUCUUGCUAGAGGUCUGGACUAUUACACUGGUGUAAUUUAUGAAGCUGUGUUGCUUGGUGACGGUGACGGUGAUGUGGGAGUUGGCAGUGUUGCUGGUGGGGGCCGCUAUGACAAUCUGGUUGGAAUGUUUGAUCCAAAGAACAGAGCAGUUCCAUGUGUGGGUGUUAGUAUUGGUGUUGAACGCCUCUUCAGCGUGAUGGAGGCUAAACAUGCAGCAUCAGGCUUCAAACAACGAACCACUGAAGUCCAAGCUUUUGUUGCGGUUGCUCAGAAGAAUUUAGUCCAGGAUAGAAUGAAGAUUUGUUGUGAACUGUGGGAUGCUGGUCUCAAGGUUGAACACUCUUACAAAAACAACCCCAAAUUGCUGGCUCAACUGCAGUACUGUGAGGAGUCUGGUAUACCUUUAACAGUGAUUAUUGGUGAAUCAGAAUUAGCUCGUGGCAUUGUCAAGCUCCGAGAAGUAGCUACUCGCAAAGAAGUUGAAGUUCCAAGAGACAAACUGGUGGAAGAAAUUUGUGCGUGGUUACAGACCAACAAAGCGUCAUUCCCAGUUCUUCCUACUAAUGGCACACAGUGAAAACUAUUAAUCACAAUGCAAGACAAUAUAAAUUUUUAUGAGCGAAAUUUUGUAUUUGAUGCAUUUUGUCCAGUCUUAGUUGUGAUAUACCUUUAAAAGACUGACAUGAACUGAUUUUUAAAUUUUUAAUUUGGCAUUUCUACUUAGUGAGCCAUUUUUUUUUUCAUUUCCUUGUAAAAAUCUCCAAAAAUGGUCUUAUAGCACUUCCAGCUUCUAUCUGGACUCUGUUAAAACCUACAAAAAUCUAUGAACAAGCCUUCAAUGUGUGCACCAAAGAUCAACUCUUGCCAAAGGUCUCCCUACUACCUCUGUUAUCAGUGAAAUCCUAACUUUCUGUUUGAUAUCUUUUUGCCUUGUGGAAAAGAUGUAAGAGAAUUUCGCAUAUUUGAUUGCUUUGUAUGCUUACACUAUUAUAUUCAUGAUACCACAUUUCCACUCCUUCUUUACUCUUGUCAAACAUAGGCAACAGGAGGUUGCUAUAGGUGUUGUCUGCCUUCUUGGUCAGCUAAACCGUAUAUUGCAAUAAUAAUAAUAAUUUUCUUAGCUAUGCUAAGUCAAAAUUACAUACUUUCAUCUGUGAUUUUAUCUAAAGAAAGUCUUUGUUGUCUAAGUUUUAGCUGGCAUCGCUUGGAAUGUGUGCAUGUGUAUUGAAUAGAAUAGCAUUAAUAAGAGCUGAUGUCUUACAUGUAAGAUUUUGUUCUGACCUGUGAUCAUGAGCUGGAGUGGAUCAAUGACAGUAUUUAUUUACUAUUUGGCUUCAAUUCUGAAUCCCCUCGACAAUGUAGAAUAUUGAGGAAAAAGAUGAUCCACACUGUAACAGAAUAAAGUUGCCUAGAUAGUGCAUAUUUGGUGGCAGUGUUCCUGUAAUUUAAUCUUACUGUUCAUAUUAUUUCAAAUUAGUUUUGUGCUAUUUCUUUAAAAAUUAAAUUUAUCCUACCUAUUCUGCAAAAAAGUAGUUCUAGUUUCUGGGUACAAUGUCAACUUAAGUGUCCUUUUAUAUAUUAUUUGUAUUUUUCCAAUAUUGAUGAAAGGGUGGUACGUGGUCUUCAACUUUCAGUAGCGCUCUAGCUUUAAGUAAAGUGAUACUUAUGUAACUGGCAGACCCAGUGAAUAUUGGUGAUGUGAACUCCAAGCAACUUUAAAUGUAUAAUCAUGAGAAAUUAGUUCAUAUUGCCGAGGUCACAAGAACUGAAUACUCAUUAUUUAACUCUGCUGUGAAGGUAGAUUCUGUCUCAAUUUCAUGUGGUUGACAAACCAAAUGGUGCUAAGUUAUUUAUUCCAACAUAAUACCUCCUCAAUCUACUGUAUGCACUCUUUGCUAGGUUAUUAUAUAUUUUAUUUCUGUCGCACUUGGGUUAUGGAUGCUCUGCGCUCCUAUGCUUAUUUGCAGCUCUGGAGUACCAUUUUUGUUGAAUUUGGAGUGAUCUGGGGUAGGAAUCAAUGUUACCCAAUUCUUCUUGUAUUCAUGAUUCAUUUAUCAGUUAAGAGGAUUGAAAAUAUAACUAUUUAUUUAUUUAAUUUUAUUGAUUUUGUAGUUAGAUAAUUUUGUCUCAUCACAAAUGAUUAGUUGUUGACCUUUCCCCAACUGUAAAAGUUUGCUAAUAAAGCCCCAUAUUUUUUCCUGA